ACCACAGAUGGAGUUGAAUGUUGAAGCUUUCAGCGAUUUGCUUACCGUUGUUCCCGUUUGGAGUUAGUUCGAGUGUUUUUGUUUGUCAAAGUGUCAGACAUUGUACCCAGUUCCUAGCGCACGAUUUGUACGAAGAGAUAAUAUAAUCAUCAUCAUACUUGGAUCACGAAAAAGGAUGAAACCGGGCACAAAACGUCGACGGUCGAUUUUUCCACUCGCUACUCGGCGCCCAUGAGCGAGCGCAAGCUUUUUCCGCGGCGAAAUGUGUCAGCUUUCUGUGUUGCGCUGGUCCAACUUUUGUAGCAAGCGCAACGAUGGCGAUUAUUGAUCGCUCGGAGAGCAAAAUGUGAGGCCCUUGCCCUGAUAUGGUUCUAUGUUGUGCGGAAUGGUUCUUUGAGUAAAGCAGUGCUCUGGGCCGCGUGUGGAUUACGUUUCAUGCAGUGCAUCUUCGCCCGUCGCUAAGCGGCCAACAGUAAUUGAAUCGCGGUAGCGGUAGGAACAUUAAAAACCUAUACGUUCUUAAGCGGUCCGAAAGCUAGAAUCGUGUUUUUGGUCGCAAGGAGCGGAAGAGAAAAAGCAGCAGGAAGUUAGAGCGCGUAUGGUUGUAAGAUGGAUGUCGACUCGCCGAAUGCGCUCAAACGUUGCUCCAGUGCACCACAAAUAAACAAUCUUCUUGCAACGUCCACCGUGGGGGUACAACCGAUGGAAGAAGGCCAAUCGCAGCCGGCAGCGAGCAGCCUGCAGCAUCAUCAGGCAUCGGGAGCGUCGGAAGUAAACGCAGUGGGUAUGCUGAAUUCGGCCAUCACCUACCAAGUGUCACCACAAACCGGUUCCAGAGAAUCACUUCCGACGUCAUUUUCUAACAUCUUUACGCCGCGUGUCCGCCGUUUUUCCGCCAGCUUUAACCCCCUGGCGGUCAUUUCGAACGGUGGCGCGAGCCCCGGGCGCAGCGGUACGUCUGGCCGAAGGCUCACACCCCGAAUAUCGCAACUUCGGCAGGAAGAGUGCGCCGACGUGAGCAAUAGCCGUGAGGUGAACCAUGAGAGGGAAGUCCACUCGGCGAUGCAGAUGUCACAAAGCUAUGAAGAUCUGACGCUGGUGGCCGAAAACUGGUCAUUCACAGCAACUGGUUCGUCCGUCAAGAUGAACGAAGAAUUACAGAACCCAUUGCACGUCGCGUUGCCUACGCUGGGGUCUACCUGCUGCUCUAGUCCUUCGCCCACCAGCCGUGGUGGCAUCACGCUCCAGUAUCCAACCACUUCGCCGUCGCCAACACGAAAAUUUGUCACACGCCGAUCCAUGUCACCGUGUCCACUGCGUCCCAGUCCGCUUUCGACAGUGAAGCGAAAGAUAAACGACCAGGAGGAGCAUUAUGGUAACUGCUAUUCGCCCCCACCGAAGAAAAUAUUCACCUCAGAACGUGGAUCUUCUCCAGUUUGCCAAACGCCCUCUCCCUCGCCGAUUUGUGCGAGUCCCGACUCGUCGACGACGUCGUUCGAGAAUGGUAGCAACAAUGUCAUCGCACAUCCGAGCGGCACAUUUCCCUUAGUCUCGACCUCCAGUGGCCGUGUAACACCAAAGUUUUUCCUCUCCAAACUGUCCGGAAUACCAGGACCGGGAGCAACGCACUGUCUAGCGCUACCGUUCGGCAUCCCAUCCGGACCAGCUAUGCAUUUUGGGGUCGGUGGUAGUAGCGGUGGAAGUAGUAGCAGCAGCCAGUGCACCACACCGACAGGCAUCAAUCCGGGUAUGGGAGGUCCUAACAUGUGCUCGAAUGUGGAUUUGCCAUCGUCUUCGGUGUCCUCCGAGCAAACUGGUCCUCCAAAUACUGCUACAUUGAUGAUGGAUUGUGGGGUAAGCAGUAGCAGUAGCAGUAGCAGCAGUGAGUGCCGCGACACUAUGAUGGAAGUCAGCCAUUCGGAAACAGGUGAGGCGCUGACAGCUAAACUGACCACAGGACAGGGAAAGAAAGUUGACGGAGGAACUAAGAUGAAAGAAUCGGUAGAUGGAGAAUUGGCUGCUGCCAUGUGUUUGACGGUGUCGAACAGGGGAGAACCGACCGACCGACAGGUCCUGUCGGCCGUCAUUGGUAACGGACGGGAGCUUCGCGAGCAGCUACUUAAGACUGCCCUCGAUCAGGAAGCGACUCUGGGAAGCUGCAACAGCAACAGCAGCAAUAGUAGCAUUAACAGCAUCGCCAGCAGUCAAGGGGGCUGCGUGAUCAAUGACAGCAGUAACUACAGUGCCAACAGUAGCCUAAGUCGCGUCGGUCGCACCAUUGCUGACGGCAGUUCUGCCAGCAACGCAACUGGCACGGGCGCUGCCAUCGAUAGUAGCAGCAGCAACAGCAGCAGUAGUAGUUGCGUUUCGGAAAGUUCCUCCAUUGUAGGGGCUGCUGCCACCUCGGCGGUGGCUACAAUUUGCCCACAGUUGUCCUCGUUCCCGCGGAUGGGCAGUCUGACGGAGAUUGCCGAAUCGUGAAGCGCAAACAAGCCAACAACCAAAGCAGCUAAGAAUGGCUACCCGGCGUUCUCGUGCAGGAGCAUAGGACACAUUAGUGGGUGACCUGGAGCAUAGGAACGUAGUGGGGUAGCGUGGACAAUAAUGGGAUUAUUUCUAGCGAGGUCUGCGGGGGUAAGUAAAAAGGGCGGCAGUGGCGUCAUCUCGCUAACCAGCUGCUAAUGGCCUCGUCGAGUGGCAGCAUCAUAGGGUUUAAGUUUACAUAGUACGCUUAGGAGCUAAAGUAAAAGGCCAUUUAUGGGACUGAAUGUCGUGAAUGUUCUUAAUUGCGAUAGUCAUCUUUAUCAAUGUUCUAGUUGGAAGAAAUAGGUAGUGCGACGCGAGGACAUACCUUUCGGUCUUGAUUUUUGUGGUCUUGAAAUCACUUUGUUUCCCCUUUAUUGGACAGCCAAUAUUCCCAACCACUUGCUGUGUUAUGUGUAGAAGAAUGAAUUUUGUUUAAACUUUUCGUUUUUCAUAGUUCGCCACGCAGGGGACGUUAAUAAUGUUUGUCUUUAAGUGAUUUAGUGUAAGGAUGCGCUUGGGGCGAAUGCUUCAAGUUAAAACUGUUUGGGAAUUGUACGUGUGUCUGAUGUGAGCGCAUUAAUGAUACAAAUGACCCGUUUUUCGUUUGUGAACACCUGUAGAGAACUGAUUGUAGGGCGCGUAUGUGGGAAUGGCCCAGUGCACUGUUUGAACGUCUAUCGAAAGGAAUAGUAUUGUGGAAGACGCUGAAGCUUAUUCGGUCUGAUUCGUUUGGCCAUGUAGAGCAUAGGCUAUCGUAGGGCCACGAGCCGACGGAUACAGCAGAAAGUCAAAGUCUAGACUGGAGUUAACGAUAAUUUGCCAAUAGCAAGCAAAGAGUAACGCUAUCGGAAGUAAGUAUUUGAAGUGAAGCAAAACAUAUCCUUUUUCGGUACGGUAAGGUAAUCGUUCCUGUGCAUGUGUUACAAUCAAUUUGCAUGUUGCUAAUUACUGUUUUGGUUAUUCUUGCAAAUAUACUCAACUUGAGCGAGUAUCGAGCGUCGGUUUAAGAUUGAAUAGCAACGAAGAAGCCAAUCUAAUAUUGUGGGAACGUUCCGAUACUGCGGCUUUUCUUCCUUCGCGCUACCCUCUGAAUUAGCAGUAGUUAUCCUGCAUUUCCAUGGCGGUUUAGCUGAUAUUAGCGAUAUUAGAGAAGUCAGCAAAAUUGUGAGAAGAGAAAAGGUAAAAAGAACCCGAAUUCAAUCAAUAAUUAGUAACUCUUCAUAAUUCAUAAA